AUGAACAGUAUGUCUUUGAAUAUUCCCAACGCCCCAAAUUCAACCCUCUUCAAGCAAGGAUACUCUAACUACGCUUCUGAGGAUGGCGCUGUUUUACGGAAUAUUGAUGCCUGUCGUGCCAUCUCUUCUACUGUUCAAACCUCCUUUGGGCCAUAUGGACGAAACAAAAUAGUCAUAAACCAUCUACAAAAAAUGAUUUUAACAUCAGAUGCUGCCACUAUACUUCGUGAACUCGAUGUGGUACACCCCGCAGCAAAACUUAUUGUCAUGGCAAGCCAGCAGCAAGAGUCUGAAAUUGGAGAUGCUACAAACCUAGUAGUCAUCCUGGCAGGCGAGCUUUUGAAGAAAGCGGAGCAAUUAUUGAGGAUGGGUCUUAGAACCAGCGAUGUUAUUCGAGGCUAUGAACUAGCACAAGAGUUUGCUCUCAGUGAACUCGAGAAUCUUGCUAUAGAUAAAGUUGAGGAUAUACGAUCGCAAACAGAGCUAAGUAAAGCAAUCAAAACAGUCAUCGCCAGCAAACAAAGUGGUUGCGAAAUAUUUUUGGCAGACUUGGUUGCAGAAGCAGUGCUCACUGUCCUCCCCAAAAAUCCAGUAAAUUUCAAUGUUGAUAACGUUCGCGUGGUUAAGAUCAUGGGUGGCAGCCUUGAGCAAAGCAAAGUUGUGAAAGGAAUGGUUUUUGGCCGAGAACCUGAUGGGUCGGUUAAAAAGGUCACAAAAGCAAAGGUUGGUGUAUUCUCUUGUCCUAUCGAUAUCAGUCAAACCGAAACGAAGGGUACGGUACUCAUCCACAACGCUGGCGAAAUGCUGGACUUCUCAAAGGGAGAAGAGAAGCAACUUGAAUCACACAUCAAAGAACUUCAUGACUCUGGCCUCAGAGUUAUCGUCGCUGGAUCGACAGUCGGUGAGCUAGCAAUGCAUUAUAUCAAUAGAUACGGCAUAUUGGUCAUUCGAAUCCUCAGUAAAUUUGAACUUCGCAGGCUUUGUCGAGUUGUAGGAGCUACCCCACUAGCUAGGUUAGGAGCUCCAAUGCCUGAAGAGAUGGGUAGCAUUGAUGCAGUUGAGACCCUGGAAAUUGGUGGGGAUCGAGUGACAGUAUUUCGACAAGAAAACGAGACUACUCGAACGGCAACUCUUGUCAUCAGGGGAGCUACUCAGAACCAGCUCGAUGACGUUGAACGUGCUAUUGAUGACGGGGUUAAUAUUGUCAAGGCUAUAUCAAGGGACCCACGACUAGUUCCUGGAGCUGGUGCUACUGAGAUGAAAUUAGUUGAGAGAAUCCAGGCCUUUGGUGAUAAGACUCCAGGUCUAGCACAAUACUCUAUCCGAAAAUUUGGUGAAGCAUUUGAAGUUGUGCCAAGGAUUUUGGCAGAAAGUGCUGGGUUAGACGCUACCGAAGUACUAAGUAGUUUAUAUACAGCUCAUCAUAAGCGUAACGAUUGGGUAACCGGCGUUGAUAUUGAGAACCAAAAUAACACAGGAACCUUAGAUGUUAGGGACGAGGGUAUCUCGGACCUUCUCGUUGCUAAAAGCUGGGCUAUCAAAUUAGCUACUGAGGCGGCUCGUACAGUGCUUUCCGUUGAUCAGAUUAUCGUUGCUAGACAAGCGGGAGGUCCAAAACCUCCUGGCCCCAAUCCUGUAAGUCAUCAGUAUCGAUAUCAUAUGCGUAUGCUAAGAUGUGACAGAACUGGGAUGAAGAUUAGAUAUACCACAUUGCUUUGCAAGACCCUUUAG